GAAUGCACUGAAAUUAUUCAUCAGUACACCACCCAAAAUACAAUCGUCCCAGCUCCUACAUGGACCUCCCUGCUCAGGAGCAGCAGCCUGAGCCUGAACCCGCCCUGCCGCUCGUCCGCCUGAACCACGUCGCCUUCUCGUGCACGUCCGUCGAGGACUCCGUCGACUUCUACCGAUGCGUGCUCGGCUUCCAGCUGAUCCAACGCCCGGCGUCCCUGGACUUCGGGGGAGCAUGGAUGCAUAGAUACGGCAUGGGCAUACACCUGCUGCAGCGGAGCGCCGGCUGCGACGCGCCUCCGAGGUCGCCGGCGAUCAACCCGAAGGGCAACCACAUAUCCUUUCAGUGCUCGGACAUGGCGCUGACGAAGGCGAGGCUGCGCGAUAUGAACCUGGAGGUGGUCACCACGAGGGUGCGGGACGGCGAGACGACGGUGGAGCAGCUCUUCUUCCACGACCCGGACGGGAACGUGAUCGAGAUCUGCAACUGCGAGGACCUUCCCGUGGUGCCCCUUGCUCCACCUGCUUGCCUUGCCAAGCACACGGUGUAGAUGAACGUGCAUCUCUAGUUCUCGUGCUAGUGCUUCGUAGGGAUGAUCCUGCGAGAAAUGGGGGUGGAAUUGUUGUUGUAUACAAGCAUGAUUUGAUUCAUUUAGAUUGCAAACAAAAUGUACUUCAUGACCUUGAUUUGCACAUUCAUUGUUGGGCCGUAAUGCUUA